GCCAUCAACCAAAAGGUGGAGCUCCACAUUGCGGUGCCGAAAGUGACUCUCACCUACAACAACGCGCCCCCGCUUCUUAUUAGCGUGGCCUCGGGGCUGGAGGGGCGGCUGCAGAGCUUCCUGGAUAAGGAGGUCUUCCCUCACUUCGAGCCCUUGUGGGUCCGCCUGGACGGUCUCGACUCAGCGCCGGACGGGUCCUCCAAGAAGCAGUACGCCUCACGGAUGCUCGACCGGCUCACGCAGGCUGCGCCUCGGCGCCGCACGCUUCUGGCGCCGGCACCUUCCGAGCGGAAAGAUGACACACGGGCGUCCGAGGGCCUGGAGCUGAAGCUGGCAGACUUCGUGGGUCAGUGGCCCCAGGCACAGCCGGGCCAGUGGCAAGCUUCGCACAUGAACCAGGCUGUCCAGCACGGCCAAUAUCCAGCUGAAGUGAAGAAGGCGAAGGCAGGGCAGCGGAAAGCUUCGCAAAAGAAUCAGGCUGGAUUGCAGGGCCAGUAUCAAGCUGCUAGCGGAAAGAAGGCUGGCCUACAGCAAGCUUCGCACACAACGGGUCAGCUGAACCAGGCUUCCCAGCAGGAGGGGCAGUAUCAAGCUUCUGACCCAAAGCAGGCGCAAUGGCAAGCUUCGCAAAUGACGCGUCCGCUGAACCAGGCGAAGCCGGGCAAUUGGCAAGCCUCUCACAUGCAGCAGGCUUCCCAGCAGGAGGGGCAGUAUCAAGCUUCUGACCCGAAGCAGGCGCAAUGGCAAGCUUCGCAAAUGACGCGUCCGCUGAACCAGGCGAAGCCGGGCAAUUGGCAAGCCUCUCACAUGCAGCAGGCUUCCCAGCAGGAAGGGCAGUAUCAAGCUUCUGACCCGAAGCAGGCGCAAUGGCAAGCUUCGCAAAUGACGCGUCCGCUGAACCAGGCGAAGCCGGGCAAUUGGCAAGCCUCUCACAUGCAGCAGGCUUCCCAGCAGGACGGGCAGUAUCAAGCUUCUGACCCGAAGCAGGCGCUGCCUGGCCAGUGGCCAGCUUCUCACAGCCAGGCGCAGACGGGCCAGUGGCAGACUUCCCACGCACAGGACGCCGUGCCCAUGCCAUCCUUCAUGAAGCGCCCACCGGAGGCCAAAGCUGCGCCAAAGAUCUCGGCAACGCUGAAGAUGCCAGAGGUGAGCCCUGAGUAUGAGUGGUCCUUCAUGCGGAAGAUCCAAAGGCCCAGCCUGAAAACCUUCAUGAUGAUCAUGGGCGACGCAGGACAUGCCUGAGCCUAUGGCGAACUCGUUGCGCGCGCUUUCCGUGGCAGGGAAACCACGGAUGGCGUCUGAACACCCAAAACCCUUCGAUAUCGCA